UGAUUCAUUUUGAUUUACCUGCAGGCCAGGCCGGCCGGCCAUGUCUUCUCUAUCAUCACAAUAUUCAGCUGGUUUCUGGGCACAACUACUUUUCUUGGUUUUAUUAUAUUGCGGCAUUGGAGCGCCGCCGCAUGUGGGAAACGCAAGAGCGGCUACGCCCACCGUCAAAGUUGGUAACAUCUCGGAGCCGGAAGACGCUUCGUACUUUAGGAUAUACUAUGGCCAGUCCUUUAAGGUCAUCAAGAACAGUCUUGACGCCAAAAGUUAUCUCCUCAUUCAGAACAAUACAAGGAUGGCAACCAGAACUAAAUAUUGCACGUCUAGAAUAAAAUCAUUCGUCAUCCCAUUAGCAAACUACUCAAUACAGUCUGACUACUAUUUUCCAGUUUCUUUCUUCGAGCUGCUAGGGAUACUGGGAAACUUGAAAGGCAUGACAUCAGAUAUGGUGGCCUCACAGUGUGCACUAAAACUAUACCAUGAUGGGCAAGUAGAGACCAUUAACAAAAGUGAUUCUGAGCAGCUCAAACAAUAUGUAGUCCACUUCACUGGCAACACUGAUGAUGCACAACCCUGUAACGUCGCAACGUUUGUCCCCUCGGGCGAGGGGGCUCCUCUCCAGCGUGCAGAGUGGAUCAAGUAUGUGGGAGUUUACUCAAACCAAGAAUACAGAGCUAACCAAGUAUAUAAUGCAAUAAAGAGCAAUUAUUUGUGCUUGAGUAAAGCAGCAACCGGAAAGUCUGGUUCCCUUAAACCGACAGUAGCUUGGAUGGAGUACAACAAUGAGGGGGUAUGGUCUUUCACAAAAGAGGAUUACAAGCUAAAGUUUGUGGAGGAUGCAGGUGGAGUGAAUGUCGACGACUCCAUUAAUAAAAUCACAUACAACAUGUCUAUACCUGAUGACAUUGAAGAUUUUCAUGCCAUCUUAUGUACUGUGGAUGUAGUGAUUGAUGAAACAUACACCUAUGAUCCAAUGGCAUACAAUGUCUCCACAUUUCUCGGGAACAUUGAUGUGGAAGAUCAAUCUUGUCUCGCUUUCAUUUCGAAUCAAAGCUUGUGGAGAUAUGAUAAACGGGUACAAAACUACACAGUCCUAGAUUGGUAUGAUGGAGCUGUUUCUCAGCCCCAGUUGGCCUUAGCAGACAUGAUUGAAGCUCUAUUUCCCUCUGGGAAUUAUCAAACCACCUUUUUAAGAAACAUUGCAAAGGGAGAAGGGGUUAUAAGCAUCAGCCCUGAAAUGUGUGACAGAGAUAUUUCCACUGCCAUGGAGCCAACUAUUAUAGCUUGCCAGUAGAAUUGUUCAUUCCAUCAUAUUAGGAUAUUCAAAUGAUUUUGUGAUUCCAGGGUUGAUAAGAAACAUGAAUCUUGUGUGAAUUUUUAUCACUUACAAUGAACAUCUAUACUACCUUAUUUCCCCAUGUUCUGAA